GAAAGCGAAAGAGACAAAAAAAAGGAGGCAAGAUCCAUUCCAAACUUUAUUUCUUUUCUCUCUUUUUUUGUCCAAGUUUGUGUAUUUUGGAAACAGGCCUGAUGGUUGCCAGUGAACUGAGACGCAGACCCGCGGAGUGAGAUCCAACAUCCUGCAACCAGAAGGCCAUGCAUGUUGCACUGAGGCCACGCAGUGGUUGCCUGGUGCUCUGUCUGUGCCUGUCUGUGUUGACUCUGCUGCUGCAGAGCCUCUGGGUGCCGACUGAGAUGACUAGUGAUGAACCAGCCGGGAGGUCACCUGAGGAACAAGGUCAGCGUGGUCUCGGCUUUCGCAGGCUGUCUCUUCGUUUGGAGGCUUUGAGUACUCAGGUUCAGAGGCUGAGCAAAGAGAGAGACAUCACCCGUCUGACCAGAGAUGAUCUCAGUCUGUUACUGCAUAGUUUCAGACAGGACCAGCAGGGCUUAGUCCUCCUGGUAGAGAGGGAGCUGAAGAGAGUGUCGCAGAGGCUCGACCACCUCAGUCGUCAUCAGACUAACACAGCAACACCACAUGAAGACCUCAGACCACACACAGCUAAAGGGCCCAGUGAGAAGUGUGAGGUGCCAGUGGAUGCUGCGUAUCCGCUGUGUACAGAGAAAGUAGAGUUUCUGCGGGCCCGUUGGCAGGCAGAUCCCUGUUAUGCUUUUUAUGGGGUGGAUGGUACCAUCUGCUCCAUACUAGCUUACCUCAGCCAAAUAGAAGACUUUUGUCCUCCACGUCAUGGAAGAAACAACCCUGCAGUGCCAUGGCAUCCGAAAAAUCACUCCUACACAGAGAGGGCUGAGACACGUACCACUCUGGCUCCUCUGUAUGCGCUCCUCAGAAACAGCACUGGUCCUGCCAUGAACUUCAUCCGGUCCAGAGUGGAGAGGAUGUCUGAUCGGUGGAUCCAGGCCGGUCUGUGGAUGAGGCAGGGCCGGAACAAGACAGUCACAGGCCAGAUGAGGGUGCUGCUGUAUACCGGUGCCCUGGCUGGGAGUGUUGGUCAGCGUUUUGAAGCCCUGGUGAAAAGAGGGGGUCCUCUCGGAGAGCUGGUCCAGUGGGCCGACCUCAGUGCCUGUCUGACAAUCCUGGGACACAACCUCACCUUCAGCACCUCACUGCAACAACUCCACAGUCUGAUUGGUGCAGCUCCAGGCCGAGGCAGCUGUCCAAUCCAGAGGCCCCUCACCUUUGACCUCAUCUACACUGACUACCAUGGCCUCUCUCACCUGCAUGGUGCCAUGGGGCUGGCUUUCCUGCAUUACAAGUGUCGCUUCAGGAUCCUGGACUCUUUUGGCACUGAACCGGCCUUUAACUUGGGGAGCUAUGCACGUAGCACAGGAUAUCAAACACUGUGGGGCAGCUGGGGUCUGCAGCCUCUGCAGUACAUGACCAUGUUCCCUCACACUCCUGACAACUCCUUCCUGGGCUUUGUGAGCGAGGAGUUGGCAAGGGAGGGAGCGAGAGAGGAAGAGCUGGAGCCGGAGGGCUACAGGAAAGACCGAAUAGCAGUAGUCUAUGGCAAACAGGACUACAUGUGGCAGGGCAAAUCUGAAUAUGUGGGACUGAUCAAUGAAGCGCUUGAGACCCAUGCCACAGUCUACCAGCCAGAAGGACACACCUCUAAUCUGCCCAGCUUCAUCAGAAACCACGGCCUGCUGACUCAAGAAGACUUCUUACGCCUUCUCCGCAGAGCCAAGGUGUUUGUAGGUCUUGGAUUCCCCUAUGAGGGUCCAGCUCCCAUCGAGGCGAUAGCUCUGGGCUGUGUGUUCCUUCAGCCACGCUUUGACCCACCGCACUCCUCACACAACAACGACUUCUACAAAGGAAAGCCCACCACAAGACAGAUCUCCUCUCAGCACCCUUAUGCCGAAAGCUUCAUCGGCAAACCCCACGUGUGGACUGUAGACAUGACCAACAAAACAAAUGUAAUGGAGGCAGUGAGAGCCAUUCUACACACAGAGGUGAAGCCCUUCACUCCCCGGGAGUUAACGUCUGAAGGAAUGCUGGAGAGGGUUCACAGUUACAUCACUCACCAGAAUUUUUGCACUCAAUCAGCUCCUACUUGGCCACCAGAAAGUGCUCUAAGGAUUCACCUGGGUCCCCUUGGUCAGUCAUGUGUAAGUGUGUGUCGGCAGUCCUCUCAUGUGUGUGAGCCGGCUCUGUUUCAUCACCUGAACACACCUGCUGCGUUCACCAGACUUGGAAUAAGCUGCUCCAGCACAGGGCAGGAAGCAAACCACCUGUUUCCUUCCUACAGCCCUUGGGGACGACACUGUGGCCUCCAGCAGGAGCCUCUGCUGUUCAGUUGUGCUGGUUCGGACUCCUCUCAUCGCAGACUGUGUCCCUGCAGAGCUCACUUACCUGGACAGGUGGCUCUGUGCCCUGACUGCCUCUAAACAAUUCUUUGAAAGAACUCAGGGAAUUUCUGGAUGAGCAAAAAGAAAAGGUAUUAAGAAGAAGAAAGCGCCAAAGAGCCAUCUGCAAUGCACGCUGUAUGGGUAAAGCUUUUAUGAAAAAUGGACCAAAAAGAGACAGUUGUUCUGCCAAUGUUCUUGAAAACCUUGUGAUUUUGUUUGGGAACCUUUCAGUUUAUAUAACAGCUCUGGUGCCAGAGUAAUCUGGCAUAAUCAUCAGUGUCCGCAUUCUUGGUAUUUAGUACAUGAUAGUAUUUUAACACAUGGAUGGCAAUUAUGAGACAAAAUGUACCAAUAAGGUGAAGUUUUACCUUCAUGAAAAGUUAAUUAUGACAGGAUUUGUUCACUUGCUGUAUUUGUCCAACGAUUUUGUAAUGGACAAGAUUUUCUAUGACGGUCAUUUCUCAGGAGAAACAACUUUGUGAAUGUAGUUUCAAAAGUACUUAAACUGUUGAAGGAUGAAGAAUUCAAGGCCUGGUGUCUUGUUUUUGUAGCUUUUCCUUGAUCCCUUCAGCAAAUAGUCUUCAAAUGACCACGCACUUCAGGGAAAUAGGUUUAUUUAAAUAAGUGAAAGUGGCACUUACGCCUCUAAAGCCAUUUAAUCCUCGGUGUUUUACUUCUCUUCUCAUGUUCCAGAUCAUACACAGAGAGAUCUUCAGUAUUUUGCUUAAUAAGUAUCCAAUCAUCAUCAUACCCCUUACAGUUAUAUAUCAUACUGGUCAGCGUUGCAUGGGAUUGCAGCUCAUGUAACCCCUCAUUGCAUUGCUGGCUGCAGAUAUUAGCCGGGGCCUCAGAGGAGAGCAUGUGACAGCCUAAGUGAUGAGGCUCAUUAUCUGAGUGAAUCAUGGAUAACCUCUGGAUGCCUUUGGGAGGUCACAGCCUUAUGACCAUGGUUAUACUGUCAUAUAAACCAAUGGUUUCCAACCAUCUUUGACUUAGGAAACUCCCUUAGCUUGAUUUUAUUCCAUGCCCAGUAAAGGCAGAACCUCAUUGUUUAUCUUUCAAACACAUAUUCUGCAUCAGAAAGAGCAAGAAAAAGUCACUGAGUGUAGGAUUAAUUAUGUUUUCUUGUGUUGUUUUACUAGAAAUUACCCCUAAAAUGAUUUUGAUCAUAAAAGAUGACUCACUUCACCCAGAGUUAUUGUGUUAUUCCUUGACUGCCUCGUGAACUCCAGAGACUUGGAGUCCCCCCAGGGUUAUUUUACACCCUGGGUUGAUAUGAACAUGGAACAUACCACCAUGCGAUUUGGCACACGCACAACACAAAGAGAAGUUUUACACUUGAACAUUUCCAUUUCUGAAAUCAAAAAUGGUCACACAGACUUAUCCAAUCAUCCCUGCCUGAAGAACAGAUUGUGAAAGAAACAAAUGAUAACAACCAAAGGCCAAACUGCAACCCGUAAACGCUGCGGUAAGUGAUAGGGUGCUGCACUUACAUGACACAGCUGUUAGCAAAGAUGGCUCCAAUACUGGCAGCACACUGCUGUUUUAAACUGGAUCGAUUUGAGGUUUUUCUUGGAAAUGACGCCAUCCUGAACGUUAAUUGGCAGAACAAGAGACUUUUUUUUCCGCUCUGAUACACUCUGUACUGUGACCAGGACAUAUUGUCAUUUAGAGAUCAGACUGCUCAGGGCUGCAGCCACAGGACCGUUUGAGAAUGGGAUUGACAGAUAAAUGCCUGUGAAACAGUAUACAAAAACAACAUUUGUAAUGACUUGGUGGAUUCUAGUUUAUUAAUUUGGCCCUGUCACAUGUGCCGUUUGCUUUAGUUGAUGCACGGUCCAAAGACGAUGGAAAUUAACUUUUGUUCAUGUCAAAGAAGUGUUUGGAUAACAGAAAAACAAAAGUUUCUUAAGACGCAAAGGGACUUCCCUGAAACACAUAUUUGGAAAGUGAUGUGUCAUUUCUGGAUGAGUCAUGUUCAUUCAUAUCAGUUACAUGUGUUAUGGCCUAUAAAAGCUGUCACUCACCUCCCAGGGGGCUGAUAGCAGUGGGUUCAAACUAAGGGCUCAAAGAACUGCACAGAGUACAUAUAGAGAAAAAUCGUUAAUAUGGAUGGACAAAGGUUUUAGUGUUCCAAAUGACUGCAUAACGACGGGAGACUGCAAAACUAACAGUUCUUCAUAGAGUGAGAUUAUUCACUUAUGAGACCUCUGGUCAGCUUUUUAAAGAAGUAUGAAAACAUGAAAGUUAAUUCUAUACAACAUACAGGUUACCAAUGUAGUAUUUAAAUAAGUAGCGAAAGUGAUCCAUAAUCCUCAUUCAAGUUAUGCUUGUGGCUACAGUUUGCCAAAUCAACUGUAGUUUAAAUUUUUUAGGUUUUCUUUGAGUCGAAACAGUUUUUUUUUGCCAUUUAUAUUCAAAAUUGUGUCAGCGAGACAUCCAACAAGCAUAAUUUGGACUUGGUCAUUUACUUGGUCAUUUUGUUAACCAGAACUGUACACUUCAGUGUCAUCAGCAUACAAUGAUAAUUGACAUGGUGAUAAGAAACAAUAUUUUCAAUAUGGCAGUAAAACAAGUUAACAAAAGUGGUCAGAGAACACUUCCUUGAGGAACUCUUUAUUCAAUAUGCCUUUGUGGUAGCUUCCCUUAACAUGUGGAAAAGCUUACCAUUUCAAUCAGAAUCAGAAUCAGAAUAAGAAUCGGGGUUUAUUGCCAAGUACAUUUACACAUACAAGGAAUUUGACUUGGUGUAUUGGUGCUAAACAAUAAACAAGGAAAUAAAGCAGAACUAGCAACAACUUAAAUAAUACAGUAUAAGAAGAUAUUACAAUAUAUAAAAUAGAAUUUAAAAAUAUAAAAUAUAAAAAAUAAAAACACAAAAUGUACAAAAGGUGCAAUGUAGGAGCUGUGCAGUGGACUAUGAGAAAAAAAUCUUGUAUGUAAGUAGAUCUGCCCCCACUCUUGAAUGUUAUUAAAUACUUUUUGAAGAACCAUCUCUUCCCUUAGGCAUUUCUUUCAAUAUGAGAUUGUUGUAUCCCAACAGAUUUUAUUAUGAAUUGUAUGAUUUUCUUUCUUGAUGUUUUACAUUUUUAUUCUGUGAAGCACUUUGGUUAACCUUUGUUGUUCUUAAGUGUGCUAUAUAAAGUAUAAAGUUGACUUGA